AUGGCUAGUGCAAUGCAUCUCGUAGUUUUUCUUUUGUCAUGUACUGCAGGAUAUGGUACAUCGCAACAAGAAUGUCAAGUGGCACAGAAAAUAACAAAGUACGGUGAAGUGUACAUUGUGGGCAUAUUCUCUAUGUGGUCGCAAUAUAAUCAGAGCGUCUACGAUGUUGAAGCGAUGAUUCACCACUUAGCUAUAACACGUUCCGGAGGAAAUCAGAUUGGGUAUGUCUCAUAUGAUAUAUGCAACAAUACAAACUUGCUAGUUGAGAUCUUGCUAUCAUUAGCACUUGGAAAGGAAUACAGAAGCGAAACUAACCCCGAUCCUCUGCGGCCUCCAAUCAUGGGGCAAAUAGAAUGUCAAUGCAAGAAAUCAAAUGUCUUAGUUGUGCUGGGAUAUAUGCCUGAGUUCUUGAUUAGACUUACUGCUAAUAUUUUAUUACCAACAAGGAUACCAUUUUGUUCAAAUAACCAAUUUUCAAUCUUUCCAGACGUAGCGAAUUCUCACCCACAUUACGUACCUGUAUUCGAAGAUGGAGAACCAUACAAUCACCUUCUACGAUUAAUUACUAAAUUCCAAUGGAAAAAUAUUGGUUUGAUUACAAUAGGAAAAGACAAGGUAAAGUUUUCCCAAGUGCUUAACGAGACGUGGAACGUUUUAACAAAUGAAAAAACAGACAUCUGUGUGUCGGCUAACACAAACGUUAACGAUAUAGAAGUCCUUUCUUCAAACAAAAAUAUCAGCGUUGUUAUAAUUUGGGGUACGGAUAGAGAUUUGCAAAAAUUUCUCUAUAGUUUAAAAAAUAUUACAGGAAUAACUUGGAUAGCUAUUAUAAGUCGGAGUUUUCUUUUCAGACUGUCAUACAUUCCUAAAAAUACAGUUGAUGGUUUAUUUGCACUAAUGGACAAAUACGGUUCGGAUAGCGUAGACUAUCUAUCUUAUACGUUAAGCAAAAUAACCAAGUUGACUGCAGAUCGUUGGAUACAGAAGUUUUUUAACAUCUCCAAUGCGACAGAUGACACGUCAUUGAAGGACUUUUUAAACCAUCAACAAGUACGCCUUUACAGUUACCUUUAUCGUAUUCUCCUAGUGUUUUCAAGCAGAGACAAAGCAGAAUCUAGUGCAGAAAAUACGUGGUCUAAGAGUGUGGAGUGGAUUCGAAAUGCUGUAUUAUUUUUCAAUUUUGACUUUACUGGUCUUACUCUAUCUGGAUUCACCGAAGUCUCAAGAAUUACAUUUCCAUCCAAUGAAAUACCAAACAAUUUAUAUUGGUCUCAAAAUGCAACAAACCCAACUGUUUCACAAUGCUUUCAAAAACCUUGUCAACCAGGCUGGGAAUCUAAAUUUAAAAGUUUACUUUCGAAUGAAACUAAAUGGGGAAGAGCCUACGGCUGGACUUGCAGGAGGUGCAAAACAGGAUUUUUUAAGUCGGUAUACGGCACACAACCCUGCGAACCGUGUAGUGGCCUAACCAUACCUGUAUAUGAUGCUACCAGUUGUUAUGAUCCGUAUAAAGAAACAUUUGUUGACUAUAAAAACCCAACUGCAAUAUUUGCUUUAGCACUGGCGGGAUGUGGAAUGUGCAUUGCACUCUUCAUUUUCAUGGUGUUCUUUAAAUACCGGAAAACGCCUUGCGUUAAAAGCACAGACAGUAGGCGAACAUUUGUCCAACUAAUCAAUACAAUCUUCUUCUAUCCAAUAUUUAUAAUGCUGGUAAUGACAAAACCAACGAUUGUAACCUGUACUGCUAUUCCAUUUUAUGUAGGGUUAGCAUUUACACUAGUAUGUUCAAUAACUUUAGCAAAAACGCAGAGACUACUCUUUGCGUUUCAAGCCAAGUUAAAGCUCUCUCAUACACAAGUUGUGUUGACUAGAGCAGCUGAAGUCGUAAUUGUAGCCAUCUCUGUUUUAGCUCAAUGUUCCUUGUUCGCAAUAACGUUGGUUAGUAAGCCAGUGAAAGUGUUGUCCACCCUUGACAAGGAAAGCAUGGAAAGGCACAUGUUCUGCAACACGGACAGCCAUCUGCAUAUUCAGAUUGCGUUUCUGUUAGUUCUAACAAUUAUGUGUAACAUUCAAGCGUUCCGUGCAAGGACGUUGCCCCAAAAUUUUAAUGAAGCAAAGGACAUUGUGUACGCGGCAUUAAUCACAAAUUUAUGCUUAAUCAGCAUAUUCCCAUUAUAUUAUAGCCAGGUGGUUCAGUCAAAAAAAACAUUGGUCAACAUAUUCGUACUUCUUCUAACAAAUAUAUUCUACAUGCCCUUUCUUUACAGUAACAAAGUGUACAUUAUAUUAUUUCAACCAAGUCGGAACACUACGCAAGCAUUCCGUGAAUCCAUGUUGCAAGAAAUGAAGAAGAAAGUUGCUAAAGCCACAACGAAAAGAGAACGUAAAUCGCUGGAGAAGAAAAAGUCAGGCCAAUCCGCCUAA